AUGUCCGGAUGCUAUACAAGUCUGGGACUUGUCGGAUAUUCCAAAAAUUCCGGGAACCUUCCCGUGUCUAUCACAGUAUCACUUUACAAUAACUUCGACCACCUGUUAUGGCGAGCAACAGAGUUAGGAGCUAAUGAUGAAACUCUAGCAAAGUUCCCUUGGAUCCUAUGGUACCUUUGGAAAGCAAGGAACGAGAAAGUGUUUAAAAAUGAAGACACAAACCCCCUGGAAACGCUGCAAUUUUCUAUCGCCGAAGAAGAAGCUUGGUCUGCAGCACAAAGGGUGGAACAAACCGGAGGUGAAGAUUCGCCGUCACAAAAUAUUAUCACAGGCGAAGAUGAUGCAAUCUUACUCCCACGGUGCCAAGUCGACGCCUCAUGGGGUGUUGAUAGCAAAUUUAGUGGAGGAGGUUUUGUCCUGGACAAGGAAGACGGCGAAAAAACCUAUGGAGCAAUUUCCACGUAUCAUGCCCAGUCUCCGUUACACAAAACAGAUUGUCUGCAAAUUGUGAAGAUCUUUGACGAGCUUGAAGUCUGGCCUUCUUUAACCACAGAAUUAGAGGAAUUUUACUUCACUGUUUCACGCUUUAAUCACUUUUCCCUCGUUUUCAUCCCACAUUUGUUAAAUCUCCGAGCCGAUUGCUGA